UAUGACGGGUGGGCCUUGUUGGCUGAUGGUCCCACACAAUGGUAGUUGGGCUUGUUUUCUUCCGCGUGCAUAUUGACCGGGUCAUCCAGCGGGAGAUAAAAAUCGUCCCCGCCGCGCCCGGCACACCUCCCUCCUCCACUCCACUUGGAAGCCUUCGUCUGCGGCGUCAUACCACUGCCGGGGUGCCGCGCAAGAGGUCAGGGUCCGCCGCCACCGCGAGCCAGGGGACGCCCGUUGGUGAGCCUGCAUGCAGGAAGCCGACGGGGAGCACGGCGUCAACAAGCCGACAGGAGGCGGGGUCUUCCCGCUGGGAUGGAGGAGCAGGCGAUGGCCGGGAGGCCACCGGUGGGGGAGCAACGAGGCCCGAGCUCUAGGAUCCGCACACAUUGCGGGAUGGAGAAGAGGCCGGCGUGGGGCGCAAGGAGCAGCAGGGGAAGAACAGUGGGGCUUUCAUCUCCUCUCUCAUCCCGACUCCUACAAACCUCGCCACUGGUGCUUGCUCGGCUUACUCAUUCUCCUCCUCUCCCCAUAUUUUCCUCUGUUGUUUGUGUUCCUUCAAUUUGCAGCGAUUGUGGGAAGCAAAUGUACGUGGGGAGUUGUUCUACUCUCUCCCUCGAGGUGGGUUGAGUUGCGGUUUAGGUGGAGAUGUUGGUGCUGUUUGAGACGCCCACUGGGUUCGCCGUAUUCAAGGUUCUGAACAAGGGCAAGCUCGACAAGCUCAAGGAUCUAUGGAAGGAGUUCACCACAUCGGACUCGGCGAGAAAGAAUGAAGUGGCAAGCAUAGAAGAAAUGCAGAGCCAGUUUCCCUCGGAUGCAGUGUAUUACACUGAGUCUGAGGAUACACAACAGUCUAUUGAGGCUACUCCACCAUCGGUGAAAAUCCCCUACAGAAUGAUGCUGGAUGUCCUUUUAGAAUCUUUGGGUCUGCCAUUGGCUGAGUAUCGAACCAAAGUAUGCGAGGAUGGUUUGAAGUUACAAAGAAUCCCAUUUUCGUUCAGAUAUGCACGCCUUUUUUUCAUCUAGAAUCUUUGCAUUUAGGUUUAUAUUAUUGAUUCAGGUUCAGCUGUUUAGAUCAAAACUGUAAUCUUGCGUGUAGAUUGGACAGAUUAUUUCUCACUUUGAGGACUCCGUUUUGUUCAUCGGAAAGUUUUCCCAGUGUCGUUCUUCCAAAAA